UGUUGUGGAGGGAGGGUGUAAACUUGCUGUGACUGUACAUCGCGAAAUUUAAGUUCGAAACAAUCGCAGUGUAUAUACUUCAAAAAUUAUAAAUAUACAGUGAUAUUAUUUAGAGAGAUUUAUUUCAACAACAUGUGAUUAUUUAUUUCUAAGUGUUAAUCUUUAAAAUAAAAAAUUAACAUGGUUAACACGUGAAACACAUUUAAAUGAUAAAUUAGGCCUAAAAUCUACAUACUGCACAGGCACAGACUUUUAAUGUGACAGGUCUAUUAACUAAGCUUUAAUAAACGACAAGGAAAGUUACAUAUUGUGAUGAGGACUCAAGGCCAGGAUGGCUCACUGUAUACUCAAGAUGUGCCACAGAUGGACCAUACUGUGUACAGUGGCCGUGUACCAUCUGUGUGCCGGAGAGGUCGAUGUGUACCGUGGGCUGCCGUACGCGACUGUACCUCAGCGGUUUUCGCCACCACAACCGCUCCCGAAGGUUCCAUGGAGGGGAAUGAGAGGAGUCAAGUCCGACAGAGGGUUCAAACCUGCGUGUCCUCAACGUCAGCCGGACGGUGAGUUUUCCAAGGGCCGCCAGGAGCUCCUCAGAAGAGCACUGGGUCACCAGAGCGAAGACUGUCUCUACCUCAACAUCUACAGCCCUUCAGGUCCGUCUUCCACGAAGUAUCCAGUUCUUCUGUUUAUCCAGGGUGAGAGGUUCGAGUGGAGCUACGGACACUUGUAUGACGGCUCUGAGCUUGCCAGCUACGGCAGACUGGUCGUUGUUACCAUCAGCUAUCGUCUCGGCAUACUAGGCUUUCUCAACACCAACCCUGGACGAAGAACUGUGGCAAACUUCGGACUGCUUGAUCAGAUCGCAGCCCUGCAGUGGAUACAAGAUAACAUCCACAUGUUUGGUGGAGACGCUGGUUCAGUUACUGUACUUGGUCAUGGCUCAGGAGCGGCCUGUGUCCACUGGCUCAUGACGUCACCGGCUGUUCCUCCAGGUAAACUGUUCCACAGAGCAGUGUUAAUGUCGGGCUCCGCUCUAAGUGUCGGGUCUCUCGUUAAGGAACCACUGAAGGCUGCCAAGGAGGUCGCCCAUCACCUCAACUGUACCGAGGAUCAUCGGCUACUUUCUUGUUUGAGGGAAAAACCACUUAAGUUGCUUCUAUCAGCUCCAGUGCUGACAUCCCAGAUCCUGCCCACAUUCGGCCCAAGCGAGGACGGCGUUAUUAUUGUAGCCGACCAAUUACAAUUUAGUCAUUGGAGCCGACACGACCACAAGCAUACAAGGCGGGGAUUGACCAAGAUUAGCCUAUUGCAAGGGGUGGAUAAUUUGACUCUGCGACACGGGAAGAAGGCAAACUAUGAUCUCCUUCUUGGUGUGGUGAACGCAGAGGCGUUUUCGUACUUUUCAGAGGAGGAUAUUUUGUAUGGAAUUGAGACUUGGAAGAAAAUUCAAGUUUUGCAGACUUUCAUAAACAGUACCUACAGGCACCACCAGUCCCAAAUCCUGGCGACUCUGGUGAACGAAUACACGGAAUGGGAACGGCCUAUCCAACAUCCCAUCAACACCCUAUGCGAGACCGUAGAGGCUCUGGGAGAUGGGCUAGUGGUGGCGCCCAUACUUCGUACAGCUGAUAUGCACGCUGGGAAUAGUUUCUUGUACGUUUUCAGCCACCACAUCAGGUCCGGCCUUUAUCCCCAGAAGCCAGGCUGUAUCCAUGGGGAGGAGUUGCCUUAUGUGUUCGGAGUGCCACUAAUGAACGCUAGCAGCCAAACCCUAUCAUCCUACAACUUCUCCAGAGCUGAUACAAGGUUAUCCAGGUCUGUCAUGACCUACUGGGCCAACUUUGCAAGAACAGGGAACCCCAAUAGAAGUGGAGACCACUCACCCCAUCAUCAUCUGCAAAAGACACAGAAGCCUUUGGCGGAGAGAUGGCUGCCUUAUGACAAAAUCCACAAACGAUACUUACUUUUCGAUUCCAAGCCCAGAUUGAGAAACCACUAUCGAGCGCACAGAUUGUCCUUCUGGCUGAACCUGGUGCCUCAGCUGCUGACGGAUGUGGACGACGAUCAGUUCGCCGCUGACUCCAGCUGACCUUUUGUUGCUAUUGUAGCCUCAAGAACAGUUAGUUUUCUACGUAUGGCGAGCAUGUUUGGUGAGCCAUGUUUUCAAAGGGGAAAUAAAAUUUUCAGAAUAUA